AUGGGUCUGCUGUCCAUCCUCCCGGAGGACUACGCUUUCGUGGAAACAUGGCUCAAGCGGCUUUUUUUCCUGAUGGGCCUCCUAAUGAUCGGUCCCUGGGCCUUCCUCCUCAUCUAUGACUUCCUGCUCUACGUCGCCCGCGCAAUCAACCACGAGAUACCCUUUGUCGGCGGCCGAGCUCGCGGAAAGGCUCGGCCUCGCGCCCCCAGCCUGACUGAGCGUCCCGGCGGCCAUCGCCGGCGAUUUAGCCUUGCUCGACGCCCCCAGCCGGCAGCGCAAAGCGGUGCUGACCUCAAAUUGAAUGCGUCCGAUCCGCGCUGGAGAGAAAUCCAAGAGGAAACCGAUGACUAUACUACCGAGGAUACUUCAGCAUUCGAGUAG